UGCAGAGGGAAAGAUGUGGAAGACUUCCCUGCUGCCCAAGGUCCUGACUUUGGAGGUCCUGGGCCUCCUGAUUCAAGCCCCAGGGCAUCAUGCAGAUGACCUCAUCAGGACCACUGAGUCUGGACAGAUUCAAGGGACUCAAAUCAGUAUCAAGGGGAUUGACAAAGUUGUCAAUGUUUUCCUGGGAAUCCCCUUUGCCAAACCCCCUGUGGGGGCCCUGAGGUUUUCUCCUCCACAACCACCAGAUUCCUGGAGCAAUGUGAGAGAUGCGACUACUUUUCCACCUAUGUGUUUGCAGGAUGUCGCUACCCUAGAAAAAAUGACAAGGACCAUGAAAAUGAACAUCCCUCUUACUGCCAUUUCUGAAGACUGUUUGUACCUCAAUAUCUAUGUUCCUGACCACGCAAAGGAGGGGACUGGAUUGCCAGUGAUGAUGUGGAUCCACGGCGGUGGUCUCAUCUUGGGCUCUGCUUCCAUGUGUGAUGGUUCGAUAUUGUCUGCCUCCCAGAAUGUGGUGGUGGUCACCAUCCAGUACAGGCUGGGCGUCCUUGGGUUCUUCAGCACUGGGGAUGAGCACGCACCUGGCAACUGGGGUUACCUGGAUCAGGUGGCUGCCCUGAGGUGGGUCCAGAAGAACAUUGCCCACUUUGGAGGAGAUCCUGGCCGUGUGACCAUCUUUGGCGAGUCAGCCGGGGGUACAAGUGUUGCCUCGCAUGUUCUGUCCCCCAUGUCCAAAGGCUUGUUUCACAGAGCAAUCAUGGAGAGCGGUGUGGCCAUCCUCCCUGGCUUGAUUUCUUCCAGCUCAGAAAUGGUUAUGAACAUCAUUGCCAAUCUGUCUGCUUGUGAUGGACACAGUUCUGCCUCCAUGGUUCAGUGCCUUAGAAGCAAAUCUGAGGGAGAGAUCCUGGCCAUUACCAAGCAUUUCAAGAUAAUCCCUGGUAUAGUUGAUGGACAGUUCCUCCCCAAACAUCCUGAAGAGUUGCUGGCUACAGGAGAGUUCCACCACGUCCCUUCCAUCAUCGGUGUCAACAACGAUGAAUAUGGCUGGAUUAUUCCUGUGAAUAUGGACGAUGCUGUAUUUAAGGAAAAAAUGGAUAAAGAAAUAAUCCAAUCAUCAGUGCUAAGUCCACUUUUGGGUCUUUCUCCUGAACUUGGGCAUCUAAUAAUAGAAGAAUAUUUAAGAGAUACUGAGGACCUGGCAGAAUAUCGGGCUCAAUUGCAGGAAAUGAUGGGGGAUUUAAUGUUUGUUAUUCCUGCCCUCAAACAGGCCAAAUAUCAACACGGUCCCAGAUCUCCAGUCUAUUUUUAUGAAUUUCAGCACCGACCAAGCAUAUUUAAAGAUGUCAAGCCAGAUUUUGUGAAGGCGGACCAUGGGGAUGAGCUGCUUUUUGUCUUUGGAGUCCCUUUUUUAGGAGAGGGCACAGAAGAGGAAAAACUCCUGAGCCACAGGAUAAUGAGCUAUUGGGCAAACUUUGCCCGUCACGGGGACCCAAAUGGUGCAGACCUUAUUCGCUGGCCAGUCUAUGACCAGAAGGAAGAGUACCUGCAGCUGAAUUUGCAGCUGUCUGUGGGAAAGAGCCUGAGGAAGGAUAAGUGGGAGUUCUGGACCAAGACCUUGCCUCAGAAGAUGAAGGAAUCACAGCCAGAAAAUGCCCGGGUGGAGUUGUAAUCUCUAAGCACAACCGUUGUUGCAAUAAUUGCAGACCAAUGACACCCAAUCACUUCUUUUGAGUAGUUCCUUGGCCUCAGCUAAAGAAUAUUGUAGUUUUGAGUGAAAUACUUUGAGUCUCACUCAUUACUGCUAUGAGAGGAAUUUAAAUGAUAGAAGGAAAAAAUCAUUUAUAGAGUGCCUACUCUGUGCUGGGCACUGUGCAAUGGAAACACUUUUAGCAAUAUCAUCUGAUUUGAAAGGAACCUUCCAAUUCUGAGACAGUGGGAAUCUGAUGAGACCAGCCAAUCCACCCUGUCUCUAGAGUAAAAAAAUCCCUAGUUCAUUUCAUCGAAUUAUAAUGGAGAUGGUUUCAUUUUCUGUCAUUGUAUCUCUAGGGCACUUGGUAGGGAAAUAAUUAAUGCUUGAUGAUUGAUUGAAUGAUUUAUUAGAACUGGAAUGGAUAUUAGAAAUCAUUGAACAAGAAUGAACACAGAGGCCCAGAGAAGGGAAAGGACUUGUCCAAGGUGACACAGACACUAAGCAGCCAGGUCCUCUGACUCCAUAUCUAAGGCUCUUCUUAGUACACUGAGCUCUUAGAUGUCUCUUUCCCGCUUUAUCAGUUACCUAGCAUUUUCCUGACAUUUCUGUGAGGAGAUAAUGUGGGACACGGAGGGUCCUGAAAACAAAACUUCAUGAUAAUGCUACAAGUCAAGCCAUUCUUUACUUGUAAAGGAGCAGCACAGGGACAAUGGUAUCUCUGAGUCAAAACUCACCAUGGUUCUUCUACAGGGUUCCUUUUACAUGAAAAUAAAGCAAAAUCAAAGGAAAUCCUUCCUCUACUCUGAGUGGUUAUGCUAACAAGAUAUUUCACAGUAACAAAAUAUUUUACUAACAGGAUGCAGGCAGAGGCGUUUUGGUCAAUGUUUAACAAUCAACUGUCUGAAAAACCCACGAGACAUACUUUACAUUGUAUUAUUCACAUUAUCUCCAUCACUUUGUUAAGUUUAGAAAUCAAGAAAACAAUGACCUAAACCCUAAUUUGUAGUGGAUGCCAAUUCUGAGGUGUAAAUGCUCAUGCUGAAAAUUUAACAUUCAGAUCUGGUACAAGUUGGCUCUAGCACUUUCCUGGGAUAAAGGGAUAUAUGGUAUUAAAACAUUCUCUUCAUCAAGAAAAAUCAAAUACUUAGCUGUUAAAGCCUUUUUGUCACUAAGAAGCUUCUGAUUCAGAAAAUGAGACAUAAUUGAUAUAGAGUUCAGGCAAUGAAGGCAGGAUACAGAUGAUAUAGAGUGUAAGGUAAGGGGGCUGGGUCACCUCACAUCUGGACCUUACAAUAGCCUGAAGCCUAGUUUCUCUUGCCUCAGUUUUCUUCCCACUGCAGCCUACCAUUCAAAUCUGACCAUGUCACCCCUCAUGUGAUAAACUCUGUAGUGGUUCCCUUUAUUUCUAGAAUCAAAUAUUAAACCCUUUGUCUGGCUUUUAAAGACAUUCAGAAUUUGGCCCCUCCCCACUUUUUCCUGCAUUUUACUGCCUCUCCUGUACUCUUUGGUCCAGUGACAUUGGCCUCCCUGGUGUUCCUGGAACAAGACACUGGAUCUCUGGGUUCUGGGCACUUUCUCUGGCUGCCCCCCUGCCUGGAAUGCUCUCCCUCCUCCUCUGCUCCUCCUGGCUUCCUUCAAGGCUCAGCUAAAACCUCACCUUUUGCCAGAAGCCUUUGCUAAGUGCCCCUUAAAGCUGGUGCCUUCUUACUGUUGAUCAUCCCCCAGCUUGCCUUGUGUAGAUGUUGUUUAUCCAUAGGUGUUUGCGGCUUGUCUCCCUUCAUUAGAUUGUGAGCUCCAUGUGGGCAGUUUUUUUACCUCCCUUUGCAUCCCCAGUGCUUGAGUGCCUGGUGCCUGUGUGCCCUUUGGAAAUACUUGACUUGUCACCUACCAGCUCUAUCAUGCUGGAAUGUCUUUUUCCUUAUGAACUCAGUGGGAAUAAUAAAAAUGACACCAUCAA